AUGUUGUUCAAAACUUUUAUCCCCUUUGUCGCUGUCGCUUUGGCAGGAUCUUCCCUCGCCCUUCCUCGCCCGAUCGGUUCCUCGUUGAUGGUUCGUGGUGCCAACAAAAACGCUGCGGCCGGCCCUCCUGCUGCUGGCGACAAGACUGGCGCCAACACCGGAACGGAUGCCCCCCCUGCAAAGGGUGAGGCCGCUGGCCAAGGUCAGGAAGGUACCGAUGCCGAGACUGGUGCCGACGGCAAUGCUGGUGGUAAUACCGGCGCUGACAACACUGGCGCUGACAACACUGGUACCGAAACCGGCACUGGUGCUACGAACGGAACUGAAACCGGCACCGCUACGAACGGAACUGAAACUGGCACCGCUACGAACGGAACUGAAACUGGCACUGCUACCGAGACUGGUACUGGCACCAAUGGCACUGACUCGACGGGUACUGCUACCAACGGUACUGACGCCGGCGCUACUGCUACCGUCACUGUGACCGUUACCCAAGUUGUCGCUGCCCCUACUGGCGUCAACAAUGCCGGUGGAGGUGCUGGUCGUAAAGGCAAAGGUGCUCAGAAAGGUGCUGCAGGCGCACAGAAAGGUGCUGGAGCUGCUCAGAAAGGUGCUAAAGGUGCUCCGGCUGGCGCUGAAGAUGGUACACCACCUAGCGCGGAAGGUGCUCAAAAGGGUGCUAAAGGUGCUACCGCUGGUGCUGAAGGUGCUCAGAACGGUGCUGGAGGCUUACCGGCAGGUCCUGGAGGUGCUCAGAAAGGUGCUAAAGGUCCCCAAACCGGCGCUGAAGACGGUACGCCACCUAGCGCUAAAGGUGCACAGACUGGCGCGGAAGGUACAGAGGUUGGUGCUGAAGGUGCACAGACUGGCGUUGAAGGUGCACCAAACGGUGCUAAAAACGCGAAGACUGGUGCCGUUACUGGAUCGGAGGUUGUUACAACAAUCGAAAGCGGCGAUGCAUCCACUUCACCUCAGUCUGGCAUCAAGUUCUUCGGUUUGAGGCGCCGUGAAGAGUUAAUGAGGCGCGAGGCACAGGAGGAGGCCGACUUCGCUGCCCUCAACGAAUUGGACUAA